CAACUUAAAACAAAUUAUCUGGAUGAGCACUUGCAUCAAGAUGGCAUAAUAUCUACGGACCAAGCGCUGGUAAAGCGCAUGGAACUUUACCAUGAACAUGAGUACUUGAUGGUUGGGAUAGACAUGGUGGGUUGAAGGGCCUGUUUCUGUGCUGUACAAUAUGACUCUACAAUUAAAAACAUGGAAGAAAACCUUUGGCUUCAGAGCUGUCUAUCAAAAUGGUCACAGACCAUUUCUCAAAGGUUUCUCUUGCAGUUGUCAAUCAAAUGAAGGAGGGCAGAAGCCGAGACUUUCUUGUGAUUCAGCUCUGGGAUGUGGGUAUUCCUGGCAAGGCCAGGGUGUAAUCUCCAACCCUAAAUGCCCACAAGAAGAUAUGGUGAGAUACUUUCUGGAACUGCUCUCAGUCUGGAGGUGAUCGUAUUCCCCCAGUGUUGUCAGAAGCAUUCCACGAUUUUGCCCCAAUGGAGGAACAGCAAUGCAAAUCUAGACUGAGUUGGAGUGUGGCACACAGGCGAAGUUGUGAAGGGUGAAGGAGAGAACUUACACAAAGACAAAGAGGAGACCUGAGCCCCUAACUUCUUCCCCCGUGAAGUGCUGGGAUCACUGGAUUGUCACGCAGUCCGGGCUGCGAGAGACAGACAUCGAGAAUGGGAGGAGCCAGCUCCAGCAAACAAGCAGCUCAGUCUGAGAACCCCACAUUCUUCACACAGGAAGAGCUCAACAAACUGAAGUCUGAUUUUGUAACAGGUGGAGUGGAAAAGGUUAAACCUCUGAUAGAUAAGAAGGUUGCUGAGCUGGACAACACAGAGCUUAACAUUGCAGUGACAGGAGAAACAGGCACAGGAAAAUCCACCUUCAUUAAUGCCAUGAGAGGGCUUCGGAGCACCGAUGUGGGAGCAGCUGAAGUUGGGACCUGGGAAACUACAAUGAAGCCAACCAGGUACCCACAUCCCCAUCUGCCCAAUGUCUGCUACUGGGAUCUGCCAGGGAUUGGAUCGACAGAAUUUACAGCAGGUAGAUACCUGAAGGAAAUGAAAUUUGAAAGAUAUGAUUUCUUUAUCAUAAUCUCAGCAUGUCGAUUCAAAGAAAAUGAAGUAAAAAUUGCCAAAGAGAUUAAACGGCUGGGGAAGAAUUUCUAUUUUGUCCGCUCCAAGAUUGACGUGGAUUUUUAUUCAAUAAGAAAAGAAGGGAAGGAAAUUAAUGAAGAAAAGGAACUGAAAUAUAUUCGGAAUGACUGUGUCAGAAAGUUGGCAGAGGCAGGGAUUCCAACCCCGACUGUAUUUCUGAUAUCCAGUUUUGAGCAGGAUCGAUAUGAUUUCGUUCGGUUAAAUGAAGCACUUGAAAAUGAUCUACCGAAUGCAAAGAAAAGUAUCUUUGUCCUGGCCUUUCCAAACCGAAGUGUGGAGAUCAUUCAGAAGAAAAGCAAGGAGCUGAUGAAACGUGUCUGGAUGUUGGCGACUCUCUCGGGAGCAGUGGGAGCGGUCCCAGUUCCUGGUGUCUCUCUUGCUUGUGAUAUCAGUAUACUGGUUGGAGGAAUAAUCAGUUUCCGUAAAUGCCUGGGUCUAGAUGAUGCUUCUCUUCAAAGAUUGGCCAACAGCACGGGUAAACCUGUGGAAGAGCUGAAGGCAGAAGUAAAACCUCCUCUGCUGGGAAAAAUAGACAAAAAUGUAAUUAUGAGGUUAGGUUGGGGUGCCACAGUCGUUGCCAUUUCAGCCAUGGAACUCGGUCUUGACUUCGUCCCUGUCAUUGGUUCCAUUUUUGGAGCAGGAUCAUCAUUUCUCAUGACUUACAAGAUACUGAACGAUGCACUGAAGGAUCUUACGGAGAGUGCAGAGAGGGUGGUGAAGGUUGCGUUUGGGAUCGAUUAACUGGUCUGCACAGACAUUGAUCCAGUGAGUUCAUAUCAUGCUGUGGCUAAUAUUUUGAAGAAGCCUAAUGCCAAACCUUGCUGUAAUUCUUUUUGACAACAUUCCCCCUUGUUGCAUUCCUUCCUGGAAAUAUUUCUCAUCCAUUUUCCGGGACAUACUUGUGCAUUACUGAGGGAAUGCUGCUCAGUUGAAGGAGACAUGAAACAGGUGGACAUAAAUAACAUAUGACCCUAAUUUGAAGAAAAGCCAAGAUAUUAUCCCCAGAGGCUUGAGGAAUGUUCAUCUGUCAAUCAACAGCACUGUGGCAGAUGGUCUGGUUAUUAUCAGGUUGCGGUGUAUGGGAUACCACUGUGUGCAUAUCACUCCAGCACGAUUAUUCUUAACACUGGUGUCCUACAAGGCUGUGUCCUCAGCCCUCUACUCUACUCCCUAUACACUCAUGACUGCAUGGCCAGAUUCUGCUCUAACUCCAUCUACAAGUUUGCAGAUGAUACCACCGUAGUAGGCAGUAUCUCAAAUAACGAUGAGUCGGAGUACAGGAAGGAGAUAGAGAGCUUAGUGACAAUGGUGUCGUGACAACAACCUUUCCCUCAAUGUCAGCAAAACAAAAGAGCUGGUCCUUGACUUCACGAAAGGGGAGUGGUGCACAUGCACCUGUCUACAUCAAUGGUGCUGAGGUCGAGAAGGUUGAGUGCUUCAAGUUCCUUGGAGUGAACAUCACCAAUAGCCUGUCCUGGUCUCACCAGCACCUUUACUUCCUCAGGAGGCUGAAGAAGUUUGGCAUGUCCCCUUUGACACUCACCAACUUAUAUCGAUGCACCACUGAAAGCAUGCUAUCUGGAUGCAUCAUGGCUCGGUAUGGCAACUGCCAUGCAUGGGACUGGAAGAAAUUGCGAAGAGUCAUGGACACAGCCCAGCGCAUCACGGAAACCGGCCUCCCCUCCAUGGACUCUGUCUAUACCUCUGGCUGCCUUGGUGAAGCAGCCAGCAUAAUCAAAGACCCCACCCACCCGGGUCAUUCUCUCUUAUCCCCUCUCCCAUCAGGCAGAAGAUACAGGAGCCUGAGGGCACAUAUCACUAGGCUCAAGGACAGCUUCUAUCCUACUGUUAUAAGACUAUUAAAUGGUGAGAUGGACUCUUGACCUCACAAUCUACCUUGUUAUGACCUUGCACCUUAUUAUCUACCUGCAAUGCACUUCCCUGUAGCUGUGACACUUUGCUCUGUAUUCUAUUAUUGUUUUUACUCUGUACUACCUCGAUACACUGUGUAAUGAAUUGAUCUGUGUGAAUGGUAUGCAAGACAAUUUUUUCACUGUACCUCGGUGCAAGUGACAAUAAUAUACCAAUACCAAAGUUAUGGCUGUGUUUUCCACACCACAACUGUGAACACAGCAAAAACCUUCCAAUAUCUGUAAAGCCCCAAUCCUGAGGUCACAAAAAGGGCAAUGGAGAGGCAAGUCAUUUUUUGGAGAAAGUAUUUGUCUUGGUGCUACAGGAGGAGGGACAUUAAGGGUGUCAGUUUGAGCAGUACCAGUCCAGUGUUAUUCGUACCAGUUAUAUUCCCAGUGGGUCUUGGAGACAACAGUCCAGCCUGACUGGUCAUGCUCAGUAAAUACAAUCCCAACAACCAUCAGCAGUGGGGCCAUUGUCCAAUGCUAUGUAGCUGAGCAAUUAUCAAACAAUAAUACCCACGGUGUGAGGUCGCCUUACUAAAGUCCUGGCUUUUAAAUCAUUGCUGCACCCAACAUUGUCUGUCUGGAUAUGGAUAGCCGAGAUUAGACGGUACAAAUUAUACAAAUCAUACAAAUUACCCAUGGGUUGAGCUUUCCUGGAGCUUUUGUAGAGUUUUCCCUACAAAAGACCAUCCCUCACAUAGCAUGUUAUGCCUGAUAGGAAACAGACUCUCGAUAGACCAACAAUUAUAUCGAUGAUUCAGAAUGUCCCUUGACUGCUGCUCCUAAAUAUACACUCUUAUACAGACUAAGUCACAUACAGUCCAGCUCUCAGAAAUCUCUUCAAUAGACCACUCACCUGUACAGACCAUUGAUCUCUAUCAGCCUGCUUUCAUCCCUUGUAAUUUCUUCACCUACUGUCCAAGAGGAACAAAAUUCCAGAAUUCUUAAUUAGCUGCAAAAUACCUUUAUUCCAUUGAUUCAACAUCAAUGCAACUCAAGCUCGUCUACUUCAUCCGAGCGUGCCUGACAGAGAGUGCCCAAUAGGAGCGAUUCUCUCUGGGUGGGAAACCAUUCCUGUAAUGAUGAAGAGGAAAUGUGUUUGAAAAUCUGUUACUUUCCUUAUUCCCUGCAAAUAUCACAAAGAUGAAUACAUACAGAAAAAAAUUAAGGUCUCUCAUUGGGAAUUGGAAGCAAGUCUAUCAAACACUAAUACAGAUCUUAGAUAUGAAGAAUCUUGAGUAAUGAUGAGAAAGAUUUGUUGGAAUUAAAAUACCUUCUAAUAUUACUGAAGUUGUCCUAGUGUUAUUUUGCUUGAUCAGACGAAAAGCUGGAAGAACUCAGUGGAUCAGGUGGCAUCUAUGGAGGGAAAUGGACUGUUGAUGUU